CCAUCCCUUAUACACGGGACAAUAGACGAUUAUGCCUAUAUAAAUCAUCCUAGUACUUUAUAGCUUGCUCAUGAUAUUUUAUCAUCUAUAUAUAUGUACGAAGAUUUCUUUUUCAAAUUGUCUUUUUUUUUUCUUAUCUUUCUUUCGUUACUAAGAUGGACUCUUUAUCAUCUCCACGUAAACGCCAAGGCCAUGGUGUCAAGAGAGGAGCUUGUUCGGAGUCAGGGCGGAAGAACGGUAGUGGAGGAGGCGGAGAGAGUCGGCAGCAACUGACAAAAGUGUUGCUCAAUGUGAAUAUUCAAAACAGUUUCGGGGCAGUACAGGUGGUGAUGUCGGCGGGAAACACUGUAGGGGAGUUGACGAAGGCGGCGAUAGGCAUUUACGUGAAAGAGAAGCGACGCCCUUUGUUGGGGAGUAGUGAUCCCGAGUGCUACGAGCUUCACUACUCCCAGUUCAGCCUCGAAAGUUUGAAGGCAGAGGAGAAGUUGAUGGAGUUGGGAUCCCGCAAUUUCUUUUUAUGUCCAAAACCUGGGUGUGCAGUGAAUUCAUCUUACUCUAGUGAACCAAGAAUAGUAGCCAAGUCUCCUUUUAUUAGUACAAAAUUCACCAAUUUCUUACUGUAGUUUGUACUGGAUUCCCAUCCCCCACCCACCCCCCAUAUAUAAAUAUUAUUAAUAAUCCUCAUAUACAAAUAUAUAAUAAACAAAUC